AUGUCGUCACCAAAUACAAGCACUGCAAGCGUCGAUAUUGAUGCUAUCGAGGCUGUCAAAUACAAUACAAUUCUGUUUGUUGAAGUCUGGAGCUUUGUAACAUUUUUCCUUGGUACAGUUGGUCAUAUCUUAAGUAUAUAUGUGUUUACACGCCGCUCACUUCGAUCAAAUGCAUGUUCACAAUAUUUUUUGGCGUCAGCAGUGGCCGGUUUGGGUGUUGUCUAUAUUAAUAUACCUUUACGUUUUCUUCAAUCUGUGUUCAAUAUUGAUGUUUUUGCAAGCUCAGAUGUAAUGUGUAGAAUUUUAAAUUGGCUUUUAAAUUGGAUAAAAGCCACACCACUAUGGAUCGUUGUACUUGCUUGUGCCGAUAGGUUUCUGAGAAGUUCAUCUUCUGUUACUACUCGCGGAUGGAGUAGUACUCGUGUUGUUAUUCCUGCCACUUCGAUUAUGAUUUUUCUUGUUGGUCUGUCUUACAUAUAUCUGCUCAUCUAUUCACGUGGAAUCGCAGGACCAGCCUGUAUUAUACUUCCAGGAAUUUACAGAGUAUUUAAUAACAUUUUUAAUUUAAUCGUUUUUGUUAUGGGUCCAUCUGGCAGCAUGUUGACUUUUGGGUUACUUACCAUACGGAACAUUCGUCAAACUGUGAAACGAGUCGUACCUAAUAAUAUUCCUAUUCAAGCUCAACCUCAAACUCAAAACAAACCGCAACAAGGUCAAAAGGCAACAGAUCGACAACUGAUACAAAUGAUGCUCAUACAAUGUACAUUUUUCAUUCUAACAUCAAGUCCAAAUGUGGUCUAUUUCUUUUAUUCUACGGCAAUAUCUGAUGGGGUUGUGAGUGCUCUCCAAGCAGCCAGACUCAACAUGUUUAUGUCCAUGGCCAAUUAUGUAGCUCUUACAGGUUAUGAUAGUGCAGAAUUAGUUGCUAAUCUUCGUGCUACUCAUACAGCAGAAAAAUCAACAUAUGGUCUUGAUAUGGACAAAGGUGUCACUGCCGAUAUGGUUGAUCUUGGCAUUGUUAAAUCCUAUCAUCUUAAACGUCAAGUUGUUAGUAGUGCAGCUGAAAUGGUAUUACGUAUUGAUAAUAUUACUCGAGCUCCACCCCGCCAACGCCAACGUGACACGCGUAAUCAUUAA